UCACGAAACAAAGGAAAGAUCUCUCUCUCGAACGCACUCGGAAAACUCUCUGCUCCUUCCUUCCUUUCUUCCUUGCCUGUCCUUGUCGUCUGUUCUGCUGAAUCAAUUUGGCAUUCCCAACAUCUCUCCUUUCCUCUCCUCUUCUCUCCUCCUCUGCAUUGUUGUGUCCUUUUAGGUUUUUCAGAUCUGUUGUAAAUCACAUACAAACAUAAAAAUAAAAAUAAAACUUUAUAUUCUGAUCUCUUUCUUGAUCUGUUCAAUUAGUGAUAAAUUAUUUGGGUUUGAUCUGUUUGUAUUUGGGGGGAGAAAGGGAAUAAUUAAUAGAGUGGAGGGGAGAGAGAGUUAUAAAAUGGAGAGUGGUGGUGCAGUGUCGUCGGAGAAAGAUGCAUCAGUGGCGGCGGAGGCAUCCUCGUACACAUAUUGGGUGAGGGAAGUGAGGGAAGACGCAGCCCCACUCCCUGUUCCCAGGAAGCUUACCCCCGACGAUCUAUCCAAUCACUCUCGCCAACCCCCUCCUACCCACCUCGGUUCUGCCUGGAAUCGGGCUGGAACAUGGGAGGAGAAGAACCUUAACAAAUGGGCAAGCGAUAGGAUUAAGGAGUUGCUACCUUCUGUGGGGUCCCUGGAGUUCUCUGGGGGCAGAGCAGAAAUAGCAGAAGUAUCAAAGUGCAUAGGCGAUGCAUUCUUGGUGACCGUACGAAACAAGAAGCGUGUUGGUUACACUUACGAGUUGACAUUGAGAGUCAAAGGGGACUGGCUUAUUGGAGAGGAGAAAAAGAAGGUAAAGGGGUGUAUUGAAAUCCCAGAGUUCUCAGUUGGUGAACUAGAUGACUUGCAGUUUGAAGUGAGGCUUAAUGAAGAGAAGGAUGUUGCACAUGAAGAUAAGCUAAGAAUCAGCAAGGAUUUGAAGCUUUUUCUGCAGCCAGUCCGUGAAAAGUUGUUUCAGUUUGAACAGGAACUCAAAGAAAGAUAGAUAGGUGAAAGAGGAAGCAGUUAUAUAAUUUUGCAUCCUUUAUGGAACAACUGAAGCUUUUCUAUGGCUGUGGCAGGCAGUGAUUGGACCAUACUUGCUUGUAGCCUUCUAUAAUUUCUCGUUACCUGUUCCUUAUAAAACUUCAAAAACUAAAUUUAUGGGUACCAAUUACUUCUACAAAUAAUGCAUUACUGGAACUGUAUACUUUGUAGUUUGUUUGAAUCUCUGAACAGCUCUCAGUUGGACUUGGAUGGGGAUGUGUUUUUUUA